UUAUGAAAAAGGGAAAACUUUUUUAAUGUUUAAUAGUUAUGUAUUUACUUUUUUAAUAGGGAUAUUUAUAUUUAUUGCCCUUGAUCGUCUGUGCCCUUCUAACAGGUGCGGGGAUAAAUACGAUUGUUGCUUUCGAAAUCGUGAAUAAGGCGAGGGAACAGUGGAUGGAAUACAGGAAUAUCUUUACUGCUUCAUCUUUAAUAAUAGAGAAGGCAGUGGAAUCAUAUUUUCAUGUAUCUAAACAUGGAGUUUCGAUGUGGUCUCUACGCGAUCUUUAAAACUAGCAGCUAAAGCUCCUUCAAUUCAAAGCGUCUUUACAAAAGAGCAGACACAUUGGAUAGUAUAAUCCCAGAUACACUACAACUGAAAAAUGGGAUAUUCAUGAUUGGACAGAUUAAAGAUGCUGUCAAAUAAAUUACUGGCUAAAUUCCUUUGUCCACAUAUAACCACUUGCUUGUCUACUCGAGUUCCAGCAUCUUUUGUCCUUCCAACAAUUGGAAACUAUUUUCAAAGUACUCAAAAGGAUUACUUACAAGAAUCAAGAGGUUUCAAAUAUAGCUCUGAAUCUCAAAAACACAUUAUUUUGAAGAAGCAAUGUGGUUCCUUAUCAAGAAUACCAAAUGAAAGCAAUCGUCAUUUCUCAUUUUCUACACAAAAGAUAGUCACUGCUGCACCUCAACAUAUCCAACCAUAUUUAAGACUUAUACGCUUAGAUAAACCAAUUGGAACAUGGCUAUUAUACUGGCCUUGCACUUGGAGUAUAGCUAUGGCUGCUACACCUGGUCAUCUUCCAGACUUGAAAAUGUUGACAUUAUUUGGGGUUGGGGCAUUAAUAAUGCGUGGAAGUGGUUGCAUUAUCAAUGACAUGUGGGACAGAGACUUUGAUAAGAAAGUAACACGAACUGUGACACGACCUAUAGCUGCUGGAGAAAUAAGUCGUUUUGAAGCUCUUGUAUUCCUUGGUUCUCAGUUAACACUAGGUCUGGCCAUACUUCUUCAACUAAACUGGUACAGUGUUAUUCUGGGAACAACUUCAAUGCUGUUUGUAACAACAUAUCCACUAGCUAAACGUUUUACCUAUUGGCCACAGAUUGUACUGGGAUUAACAUUCAACUACGGUGCUCUGUUAGGUUGGUCAGCAGUGAGAGGUUCAUGUGACUGGUCAGUUGUUCUCCCUUUGUAUUUAAGCUGUAUUACUUGGACUCUUAUAUAUGAUACUAUUUAUGCUCACCAGGACAAAUCAGAUGAUAUGAGGAUUGGAGUGAAAUCAACAGCAUUAAAAUUUGGUGACCAAACUAAGCUAUGGUUAGCAGGCUCAAGUGUGUUUAUGUUUGGUAACCUGGCUUUAUCAGGUUAUAUGUGUGAUCAGAUAUGGCCUUAUUAUACAGCACUUGCCUUUACUAUGCUGCAUGUGGCAAACCAAAUUUAUUCUGUAGAUUUGAAUAACCCAGCAGACUGUGCUAAGAAAUUCUUGUCAAAUGCAAAACUUGGAGCUGUGAUGUUCUUUGGAAUAACUCUUAGCAAUCUUCUUAGAACAGUUUCAUAGUAAGUUAUUCUUGACAUCCAAUUGUCUUUCUCCUGAAAGUUUGGAAGAUAUUACAUAUAUCUAUCUUUACAUUGAACUUUUGAAAAACAUCAUCUUUUCAUGAAAAAAGAGUUUAAACAUAAUCUAUUUAAUAUACAAGAGAAAAGCAGACAACAUUUUGGGAUGCCCUCCAGAACUGAAUUCACAAUAUAUAUAUAGGCAUGGCUGUAUGGUUAAAAAGUAAGUUUGCUUCACAACAUGAUUCUAAAUUCAGUUCCACUACAUGAUAACUUGAGCAGAUUCUUCUAAAGCAGAAGUGGAAUUUUGAGUACACACUAUAUACCCAUUUUUUAAUUGUGUCCAUGUCUUUAUGUUUACAUAUAUAUAUGUAUAUAGGUGUCGAAGCCAAGUGCAAUCUUCUGCCUAGCCAGCUCCUAACAAACUGUUCAACUCAUGCCAGCAUGGAAAACGGACAUUAAAUGAAUAGGAUGAUAUAUCAUCAUCAUCAUCAUCAUCGUUUAACGUCCGCUUUCCAUGCUAGCAUGGGUUGGACGAUUUGACUGAGGACUGGUGAAACUGGAUGGCAACACCAGGCUCCAAUCUAAUUUGGCAGAGUUUCUACAGCUGGAUGCCCUUCCUAACGCCAACCACUCAGAGAGUGUAGUGGGUGCUUUUACGUGUCACCCGCACGAAAACGGCCACGCUCGAAAUGGUGUCUUUUAUGUGCCACCUGCACAAGCCAGUCCAGGGGCACUGGCAACGAUCUCACUCGAAAAUCCUACGGGAGCCAGUCAGGCGGUACUGGCAACGGCCACGCUCAAAAUGGUGCAUCUCAUGUGCCACCCGCACAAGAGCCAGUCC